AUGAAAAAAUCCCCCUUUCAUAUUAUCUCUGUUAUAGAUAGUUGUUCUUGCAUAUGCGAUUUUGACAAUUAUCUUGUUUCCACACCAAAUCCUGAUGAAUAUUUAUGCAGAAGAAAGAAACUUAUUUUAUAUACGCAGCUCAUAUUUUUACAGUUUAUGAAAAUUAAAAUCUAUUUAUGGCUAGUAGCCUUGCAUUUUAUAAAAGAUUUUUUUACCCCUAUAGAAAAUGACUAUAUCAUUAAGAAGCAUUGA